AUAUAAAAACAUAUAUAAAUAUAUAACAUUUCUAUUUUAACUUUGACAAUUGCACUUUUAGGAGCUGGCCUCUAAUUUGAUUUUUUAGUUAAUUCUGAUGAGAUUUCUAUUUUAUGAUUGGCUAAAAGUUUAACCUUUUCUUUUCGACAAGCAUAAUUUGAGUUUGAUGAAACCUAAGUGCUGACGAAUAGAAAUUUUACCAAAGCAACAAGUUAUUUCUUCACAUUUUUAACUUGAAUUUCCUUUUGAUAAAGAAAUCCCCCCACGUUUUCCCCCCUCUUCAAAAAAAAAAAAUCAUUAGUAUUCACCUGAAGAACUUUGUGUUUCCCUCUUCCUCCCCUUUUUACCCCCUUUUGGGGGCAGUUUUUUUUAAUAUGGCUCUGAACGUUUCUUUGGUUCGUGAUACAAAAUGGCUGACAUUGGAAGUCUGUCGGGAAUUUCAGCGAGGAACCUGCUCUCGUUCUGACACGGAGUGCAAGUUUGCUCAUCCUUCCCGGAGCUGCCACGUGGAAAACGGACGCGUUAUUGCCUGCUUUGAUUCCCUAAAGGGUCGAUGCACUCGAGAAAACUGCAAAUACCUUCACCCUCCACCACACUUAAAAACACAACUUGAAAUCAACGGACGCAACAACCUGAUCCAGCAGAAGACAGCCGCUGCCAUGUUUGCACAGCAAAUGCAGUUCAUGGUCCCCGGAGCCCAGCUGCAGCCAAUUACAACAUUUCCUGUGACUCCUUCGCUUGCAACUAGCCCCACCAUGGCGUUCAGUCCCUACUUAAGCCACGUUUCUCCAGGGAUGGGCUUGGUGCCUGCAGAGCUCUUACCAAAUACACCUGUCCUGGUGUCCGGGAACCCCACGGUUUCAGUACCAGGUGGCUCUGCAGGACAGAAACUAAUGAGGACAGAUAAAUUAGAGGUGUGCCGAGAAUUUCAGCGUGGAAAUUGCACACGAGGUGAGAAUGACUGCCGCUACGCUCAUCCAAUCGAUAUUGCCAUGAUAGACACCAAUGAGAACACGGUUACGGUGUGCAUGGAUUACAUCAAAGGCCGAUGCUCUAGGGAGAAAUGCAAGUACUUUCACCCCCCUGCGCAUUUGCAAGCUAAAAUCAAGGCAGCUCAACACCAGGUGAAUCAAACGGCUGCAGCCGCAAUGACUCAGCCAGCUCUCCGAUCACAGAAGCGACCCCUGGAGGCAAACUUUGACCUGGCGUUGCCACCUGGUGCCCUUCAACCUUUACCAAAGAGGCCAGCACUUGAAAAAAACAACGGUGCCACCACAGUCUUCAACCCAAGUCUUUUCCACUACCAGCAGGCCCUUGCGAACAUGCAGUUGCAACAGCCUGCGUUUAUCCCAACAGGGUCUGUGCUGUGCAUGGCACCCGCAGCAAACGUUGUUCCCAUGAUGCACGGUGCUACGCCCACCACUGUUUCUGCAGCAACUACACCCGCCACCAGCGUUCCUUUCGCUGCAACUGCAACAGCCAAUCAGAUCUCCCAGUUAUCAGUAGAUGAAUUGAACAGCAGCAUGUUUGUUUCACAGAUGUAGAAGCAACGCAACACAUACUGUUGGCAUCCUGAACCGGAAAUGGUGGAAUUCCCUGUGCAUUUUUUUUCUCCUCUCCUGGUGGGAAGCUGAACUGGGCUCUCUGUGCUUUAUGCCCACCUUUUCCUUCUCUCCAACAUCUACAGUAAGCCUAUGGCAGCAUCCAUGUUAACCAAAAACUGAUCUGUGGGAAUGUCAAAACAUUUUUUAAAAAGCACUAUAUAUAUAUAAAAAAAAACAAUUAAGAAAACAGUGCUCUGUUAUAUGAGACAUAGAAGUAGAGAACUAUAAAAUAGACUUUUAUAACACCUUACUUUAACACACUUUUUAAAAAGUGGGUUUUUUUUCUGUCUACCAUCAAGACAAAGUGCUCUUGCACAGUGGACUUAACUAGGUUAAUUGUUCUAUUGUCAAUGGAUAAAUGUUCGUCUGUUUUUCAAAGUGUUAUCUUAAUGUUUUGUUUACAUCCUAGUCUAUAUUGACUUUAUUUGGAGAGACAAAAAAGUUGUACAUCAUUAUCAAGUAUAUUCCACACCAUUUUUUCAUGAUCAUGAUAUCUUACAUUUUCGUAGAGGACAGUUGUUAUCUAUUUCCCUUUCUCUCCCUUCCCCGUACCCUUUAUUUUAAAUGAUAUGCUAAGAAUGUUACAAUGGGAAACAGGAAGGAUUUGCUUUAAAAAAGGAAGACCUGAAGAUGUUCAGACUGGCUGCAGGUAGAAGUUGAUUUCUGAGCAUUAUUUGUUACAAAUAACAGAAAAAAGACAACCACUCAGCCAGAAACGGGCCAGAAAUUAAAAUGGACCAAGGACCAAAUGCGAAGAAUUUUCACUCGAGGGCAGAAAAUAUUGGCAAGAACAAAAGUUGUCUGCCGCCAGUUACCAUUUUAUGCUGGACGUGGCCUUCAACACUUCUUAAUCCUUUAGUGGCCAAGUUUUAAAGAAAUCAUGGUGAAGAUUGAUUCUUUAAAAAAAAAUGGGGGCUUCUUUACCCUGAGAAUCAAAGACUUCUGCUAAUCUACUGGGAUAUACACAGAAUAAGAGGAGAAACAUGCAUUAUCCUUUCAAACAUGCGUAACCCAACCCCAUAUCUUAGAUCAGAUAAGUAGCACCAAGCAGAUGCCUCAGUUCUCCAUUAGCUACUGCUCUUGCCAGUAAUAAUAAUAAUGAAUUUCCUUGCCUCUCAUCACAUAAAGGAACAAAGUAACUGUUACAGCUUUCCCAGAAAUUUUCAUUUUUCUUAUAGGUUAACAGUUUCCUUUCCAUAUACCGCUGAUUUACUAUACAGAAUUUAGGAAGGGUCAGGAGAUAAUUCUGGAAACAGAAUUAGUCCUGAGAGCUUGCUCAUUUUAAUUUGGUGAGUUUGGCAUCUUCUGAGGGAAGAAGAGGAGGAACAGAGAAUUGAGCUACUGUGUUGUUCUUCUGUCAAAUCCUUGCCCUCUAGCAUUUUGUUUCGCUCUGUAAGACUGAACAAAGUUCUCAGGGCCCUUGAGGAACGUUAUUUUUUUAGAGGAAGUGGUUUCAGAUGUCCACCACCACAAACGUAGCUCCUUCAGCAUCCCAGUACAAGAAGACAACGUGGCUGGGUGAAGAACUAGCUGAUGCUCAGUUCUGAGGCGUGGGAUUCUUUGGUGGUUCUACUUUUGUGCAUGAACUGAGAUGCAUUUUCAAAGUUGGAACCCCAUAAAAUCCAACAGUAUCCAGAAACAAUGAUACCCCGCCUUUGAUGACACCCCCACUUAGGGGGGAAAUGGAAAUAAGCCUUUGAAGAAAUAAGACCUUUGGUGCUACUUUGGAGGCUUAUCGGAAUGUACGGCCAACCAUUUUAAUUUGGCAUCCUUGCCCAUCUGAAUCUACUUCAGGUCCUCAUCGCAGACUUUCUGUUUCCUGGCUUUGUAACUUUGUUAAUGGGAAAAAAAUGGAUUUGAGUACUCCUUAGCUGCAGAUAGUUGUAUAUUUAAAAAGGAUGAUGAUGAUGAUGAUGAUGAUGAUGAUGAUGAUGAUAUGGGAUUUGCACAACCUGUGGCAGUGCCUCUACAGAGAACAUCCCUGAUCUCUAGUUGGAAAGGUUAGACACAUGCACACACUCACGCAUUUGUGUACACACGCUCGUGUUAGCUUUAUGGUUUUCAAGGAGGUUGAGUGUCUGCUUUCAGUGCUAUAUACGGGGAUACGUGUAAUCUUGUCACACUGACGUAACUCUCUCCAGUUUUCUCUGAAUGAUGUUGAGAAAAAAAAAUCUUGCGUAGAUGUGCACAGAAUGUAAGCCUAACACAUUUCCACAGCAUUUAAGUCACAGUUUUAAAGUGCUCAAAAGACAAAACGUCAGGGGUGCAAUUUCUUUAUUUUUCUUUUCUUUUUUUCCUUUUUUGGCAAAAUGUAGGAGCCAAAAAAAGUAGAAAAUCUUGACUCCCAGCUGUCGUAUCAAAGUGUCCUAUAGCGUGUUGAGAAUUUUUGUACUCCUGCAACAGACCACAUUUAAACUGAUUAUGUGGCCACACACAUAGCACAUCACACACACACACACUCUCACACACACACACACACACACUUUCUUAUAUGGAGAUCCAGUGAUAGGUGUGUCAGGGUAACUUUCCUAGGUGCCACAAGAAUUUUUUCUUCUUGUUUUUUAAUAUCAACUUUGCAAAUUUAGUGUUUGUUUGUAAGAGAAAAAAAGUUUGGAGGGAAAAGCAAAGCUUGAAGCUUUGGAAACUUCACCAAAUUCAACCCAAGGGUGGGAAUAGAAAUGCCAUUUGCGAGGGUAGCACUAUUGAAGAUUGUUGUGCAAUGACUUCUUUAUUCAAGAAAGAAAGAAAACACAGUCGGCAGACUAUAAACUCCUUAGGAGCUGCAUUCUGUCUACAAAGUCGCUGAGCUGUUUGGUGACUCUAAAUCGAACCUCCCAAACCCGGAUUCAGGUGUGACUUGAUUCCCGAGAUGACUGUAAAGAUUGUUCAAAUCUGUGUAAGUUUAACAACUUGUUACAAGCUUGUGCAGGUUCAUCAAACCUGUGUAUUCCUUUUUAAUUUAUCCAAAGUUCUUUCUCUCAAAAGUAUGCAUGUGCUUAUAGAUUGGUGUACGUGUGCCCAUUUUCUCUCAGCCUUAUGCAAAUAAUAUGCAAGAAGUGCAGAAACUUGAGUAAAACGGGUCAUUGCAGAGGGAAAACGGAAAAGCUGAUUGAACGUUUUUGAGGGGGGAAAUUUGUUAGCCAUUCCAUGAAAAAAAAACAUGUGUUCCUAAACCUUUAACAUACAUGCGCAAAGAAAGGGUUUUAAAAGUCAGUGGAUUUGUAAAAUUAUUAUUCUUAUGUUAAAGUACAGUGUUCUAACGGAUUAGAUUAUUUUUUUUCACAAUCAGCCCUAUUGACAAAAAUUGUUUAGCAUAAAAUGGAUUCAAGGUGGAUUUUUUUUUUUUUUGAAGUGGUGUCAUUUUUUGCAUUUGCGAUGCUAUGUGAAAUUCUCCACCCUGUUCCCCCGGCCAGUCCAUCCCUCGACCAUUUUUUGUGGGUCGCACUGUGCGUUCUGCACUUGGGGGUUCUCGUUUAGCUGUUGCAACUCCUGGCAAAAGAGCCCGAGUCCUGGCGUGGCCAGGGUGGCUCCAGAUUCCCCACCCCACAUUUUUAAGUCUUGCUAGUCAUCCUGCCGCUUGUUCUGAGAAAGCAAAUGAAGAGAUUUGUUAAGCGGGCACCAUCACGAGAGACGAGAUUUAUGUUCCUUUCCCCUCCUUCGUAUAAUGUCAACGGAGAACUUCAAAACUCCGUUUCUGAAUCUCAACCACGUUGAAAUGCGGUGUGGAGUUAGGCUGUUUGCAGAAAGCAGGACCCUGGUGUCUUUUUUCUUGUUAUCCCAGUCUUAACUGGCUCCCUAACAAAUCUCUGAACUCGAGGGCAGUUGGCUGGAUUUUUUCUCAGAAGCAGACAGCUGCUCGCCUGUCAGGAGCUUAGCUGGCUGACUUCUCAGCACAGCACGGUUUACUUGGAGAGUAAACAGCCGUGGUGUUUAGCAAGAUAUUUGAGCCAUGAUGUUUUUUCAUGAAGUUAGGCACGGGGUUGGGGGGAAGUACGUUGGAGCUAGUCAUUGCGGGGGGGGGGGGAAUCUUAAGAACCAGGUCUGCACCCUCAUGUAAGGGGGUCUGCGGAGAAGCAACCUUUGGGAACUUAGGGGGUUGUGGUGCAAUCCUAUCCAUGCUUCCUCAGAAGGAAAUCUCAGCAUUUCACUGGCGCUCUCCAGUCCCUGUGUUUGAAGGCUGCGGUCAUGCAAUCCAGGCCUGUAGAAAUGACCCUUUUUAUACACUAGCUAGUUAUAUAAACAGUGAUGUAUGUUGAAUGUUGGAAGUCUAACAGACUGGCGAGAGGCAGGCUGGCUUCCUGUGGAUUCUCAACCUUGCUGAUUACUUAAUACAGGAGCGAUCUCGAGGACACUUUAGUAGACAAAGUUUUAAAAACUGGAGUUUCCCCCCCCCCCUUUUUAAUCCGUAAUACAUUUCACUUACUUACAACUGAAAAAAAAAAGUGAAAUAUAUGAGGAAAAGUCUUAAAUUUCCCCUUCCUCCUGAAAGGAUGUACCGAAAUAAUUUUUACCAUGUGCCUCAUGAAGGCCUUAGAAUAUAUUGUAUGUUUAAGACUGUAGUAAUUUUUUUAAGGAAAAGAUACCUAUUAGUUGAUAGCCUAAAAAUAAUUGUAAAUAGAAUUUAAAAGACAUUGUUAAUAGGCUACAACAAGUUAAUUCAUGUUGCAUUACUUUCCAUUUCUUUUAUUGUUAGUUUUAACAGAUUUUAUUAUUGCUUUUAUAU